AUGCCACCAAAAGAAUUUGCUGACUUGGUUAUGUUACCACGUGAAUGGCGUCGUGGUGAUGAUUGUAUUCAAUGGCCUAGAAAUCAUGAUUAUUAUAAUAUUGAAUGGCUUGAAAAUCUUUGGAAAUAUAUCAAUGAAAAAUUUCCAACUGAUUUAACUAUGCUUGAAAAUACAAAUAUUCUUUAUCUACAACCAUUGUCACGUCCAUUGGGUGUAUCAGCAGCUAAUAAUACAAUAUCAUUGUAUAAAUUAUCAAAAAACAUUGGUCUUAUUCAGUUACCUAUUGUUCCUAGUAAAGAUGAUUUAGCUAUACAAAAAGUUUUAGUAAAAUUAAACUUUUAUUGUAUUGAACCAUUUCCUGAAAUGAUUCGCCGCCAUAAAUGCGUUGAGGACUAUGUUCCACAAUUAUCAUGCUUAGGUUUAUUACAAAUAUUUAAAUGUCGUCUAAGACAUUUUACACAAUUAAAAAUUCAACACGAAUUUAAUACAUUAUUAAAUGAACAUGAUAUUAAAUUGUUACGACAAUAUUUAUCCCGAAUAAUGACACAGCAAUUAGAUGAUUCAAACAUUCAAUGUAUCAAACAAUUACCUAUAUUUGAUAAUGCCUAUUUAAGUACUGAUUUAAAUCAACAACAAUAUAGAUACAUUAGUUUAAAUAAUAUUUUAUAUAUCUACGAAUCCGGCACAAAAUUACCUGUUGAUUUACAACCGCCAAAGCAAUGUAUUCAUGUUACAGAUAGUGAUUCAAGAAUUUUGCUAGAUAAACUAGGUUAUGUCAUACAUGAUUUUACGCAUGUUGCUCGAUAUCUUAUAACAACGAUUGGACAACAACAACAACAGCAACAACAACAACCACCACAAGUAAACAUACCAUCACCACAACAAUCAAAUCCAUCGAUCAUUAACGUACCAUUUAAACAUGACCAGCAAAAAAUGGCAUUUUUAGGUAAAUGGCUUUUGUCAAAUUGUGCAAAUUUAAUUUUAACUGACGUUGUUUGUCAAGAUACAUUAUCAACAAGUCGUUUAUUUCCUAAUCGGACAGGUGAACUUUGCUCAUGCCAGCAAAUGUUUGAUCCGUCAUCAUUUCAUAUAAAUAAUAAAGAAAAAUAUUUAAUUUUAUUUGAAUUCAAAUAUUUACCAUCGAUUGAUAUAUGCUCAAUAAAUGAACAUUUAAUCUUACUGAAACAUCUUAAAUUGAGACAAUAUUUCGAUAUUAAAUGCGAUGAAUUAAUUGAUAUCUGCGAAUUAAAUAUUAAAGAAUCUGCAGCAAGUGGCAAACGUUCGCUCAUGUUUUUAUUGGCAGAUUUUAUUAUUGAUAUAUUGAGUCAAAAUCCAAAGUUAGUUGAUGAAUAUUCUCAAACGAAACGCAUUAGUCUUAAGCAAUAUUUAAAUAUUACACAAUGGAUACCUGUUAUGCUCGAACGACCACAUUCAUAUCCAUUAACACUCACAUGGCAAGGCUCCAUUGACUCACGUCGACCUUUUGUAACUCCACGCGAAGUAUGUGAUAAAUCUCAUGCUUUUCUAGUUGGCGCAACAGCUCUUGUAUCAUCGCUUGACCUACCUGAAUCGUUUGUUUCACCAACACGUACAUUAACUUCGCCGUCAUCUCCAUUGCCAAAUCGUUUACUAAUUGAUAUGCGUGAAGUAAAACUUGACUUAUUGAUAAAACAAUUGAAAUGUAUUGUUUUAUGUUAUUUAAAAUGUUCAUUACAUGAACAGAAAAGUGAAACAUUUGAUUAUUUGAAUUUAUGUAAACGUUUAUAUGAUGCCUUAUCACAUAUUAAUAAUCCAAGUGAUAUAUUAAAAGAAAUGCGUAUAUGUGAUUUAGUUGAAUGGAUAUGGAAUGGUACAAAUGGCUUUUCGUCAUCAAAUCAAUUAUAUCUCAUUGAUAAAAUACACCCUCUAGCAUCCUAUGUCCAAAUACUUCCGUAUGAAUUGUAUAAUUAUAGGAAAUUUUUUGAAACAAUGGGUGUUAAAUAUCAACCUGAAUCAGCUAAAUUAGAAGAUUUAAUACGUAAUCAGCAAAUAUAUGAUGAAAACCUAUUUAAAUGGAUUAAAGAGAUGUAUGCAGCCGAUCGGCGUUUAAUACAAGUAAUAACUGAUUUGGAAUUGAAAAAUAUCAAACCAACUCCAACAAAAUCAAUUCCGGAUGAGCAAACACGAAUAACAUUUUCAAGUACAUUAGAUUUAUCCGAUGAUAAAAUUUAUCUUUAUCUUCCAGAUAUAUUUAAUAAACAAAAUAAUGUGAAAGAAAUCGUUGUUCAAGCAUUAACAACAAUUUCGAAAGAAAAAAAAUGCCAACUAUUAACAGAAGAAGAUUAUUUUAUACGUAAAAUGUCUGGAAAUGAAUAUCAAAAAAAUCUAUUUGAUCAUUAUCGGGCAUACAAUGAUUUACUCUUACCUAAUCUAAAUGUCUUACCUAAAAAUGUCAAAGAUAUUUUAGUAUUAUUUGCAUUAGAUCAUGCUGAUGCGUUAAUGUUAAAUAUUUUAAAACAACAUUGCUGUAUACCAUGUACACCAAAUGGAAGAAUUUUAAAUAAGCCAUCAAAAUUAAUACAUCCCUAUUGUCGUUUAGCCUCACUUUAUUCUGAUAUUGAUUCAUUGUUUCCAUAUGGCGGACAAGACUCUUAUCUCAGAGAAGAUAGAUUGAACGUUUUAAAACUACUUGGUAUGAAGUGUGAUGAUAAUCUUGUAACAUGGCCUGAACUUGUCGAACGUUGUGAAUCCAUUCAACGCAUGCGCGAUUAUGAUUUAGCACACACACGUUCAUUAGCACUUCUUCAAAUUUUGAAUGAUAUGCUAACGAUGUCAAAUUCAAAUACAACUCGAACAUUUGAUGAACAUGAUGAUUCAUCGGAUCGUCGUGCUCGUCAAUCAGCAUUGGGAUCACGUGAAAAAACAACAAAUUCACAGCCAUCAACUGUUCAUAUACAUGAAGCAUUGCAUGAUAAAGAAGCGCGUUCACGCGCAUCAGUACAAUUGCGUGAAUUACCAUUUAUACCAAUAAAACAACGACCCAUAGAAUUAAAUGGCAUUAGUUUAACAUGGAUGGGUGAUAAAUAUAUUGGUCGACUAUUUAAACCAAAAGAUAUUUUAUCUCAACAAUACGAACAAUUAGUUUUUUGUUCAUGGCCAAUAGCACAACAAUCAAAAACUGCUCAAGAACAACCAAUAAUAACAAAACAAGUCGAGCAAUUUCUUGGUCUUGAUGAUAUAAAUAAAAUUGAAUUACGGGAUGUACUGAAACAACUUGAUGAGCUUGCCAAAUUAACAGUUAUUAAUGGACCUAGUUCAGUCACAUAUAAUCAUCAAGUCACAUCGAAAUAUAUACUUGACAUGAGUUAUUCAAUCUAUGAUUAUAUUCAAUCUUACUGUUUUCCGCAUUUAAAAUCACCUGAGCAACGAACAGCAGCAUCAACAGCAAUUAAAACCAACCUCCUAGAACAAAGCAUACGUGAUAUACGAGAUUUUUUCUCUCAACGUCGUCUGAUUUUUAUGAAUGACACAUCAUCAGCAGAUACAUACUUAUUUUUAUCACUAUCACAAUUACUAUGGCAUACACCAAGUCGCACAUCCCUAUCAAACAGUUUAAAACCCUAUUUUUAUCCACUACCAAUUGCAUUGCAUAAAUAUUACAAGAAUUUUUUUCUUGAUUUAUUGCAAAUUAAAAUACAAAUUGAUGGUAAAGAUCUUUUAAAUAUAAUUGAACAAAUCAAAAAGAAAUAUGGAACAAAACCUAUUGAUAAAGAUGAUUUAACGUUACUACAAAAUAUUUAUGCUUUAAUAAUUGAACAAUAUUCCAAUGUUUUCAAUUCAAAUAUUAUUUUACAUUUACCAAAUGUGGAUUGUGUUCUUCAUCCUGGUUCGACAUUAUUCUUUUAUCCAUUCGAACGAGAACAUAUAUUGUCAAAUCCAUCGUCAUCAUCACAAGACGAACAUUAUGUGCAUCCAUCAAUCGAUCGACGUGUGUGUUUGAAAGCAGGUGUAAAAGUGCGAAAAUCUCCGACAAGUACAACAACAGCAAGUACACCAAUGCCAGUACCAACUCCAUCAACUGAAUCUCAAACGGCGACAACCAGUUUGUCGGCAAAUGCUCCUUCGCGUGUAUUUCCAAAAAUUUUUGGUAAUAAAAAAUUAGAAUCGAUUUUAGCACGCCUUGAUGAUCCACAUAUAAAUCCACAAUUAGUUGAAAAUAUGGAUGAAUUAAAUCCAAAUAUUGUUUUGGAAUUUUUACUUGAACUCAAUAAACAUACUCAAAUAACAAAUAAUUUAUCGGAUGAUGAUAUUGUUAUUAUUUUAAAAUAUUUUAAUGAUUUCUUAAUACAUGGCUAUCAAGGUAAUUUUCAAAAGCUUCGUGAAUUAAAAAUUUAUAAACCACUCUGGGGAACAAUAUCUUCCGAUGAUAAACAACAACAACAACAACAACAACAGCAAAUGCCAAUUCAGCAAUGCUGUUCAUUAGAAAAUUUUGCACAUGUUUAUGUUUUAAAUGAAGAAUGGUCAAAUAUUAUUCGUCGAUCAUUUAAAAGAAAUUUUUUUACUGAACAAUUUCACGAGAAAAAAACUGUUCUAUUAAUGCAAAAGAAAAUUGAGCCAUUAAGUAAAAUAUUUUCACAUAUACGAUUUAAUAUUCUAUCGGAUUUGGAAGUAUUUUUACAAUUAUGUUUACCAUAUUUUCGUAAAUUAGAUGUUAAAUCUCAAGCAAAUCUAUUGAAAUAUUUCAUUGAAGAUGUCGAUGAAAAAUUAUUCCCACAUGAAAAAGAACAAUGUAGAAAACAGCUGCAUGAUCACUUAGAAAUAUUUACACAAACAUCAACAAAUAACAACGAGCACGUGCAAAAACCACCAACAGGAAUCCCUAAAACAUCGCGUGAUCCACCUGAGAUAUGUGCAAUCUAUGAAUUGUAUGAUCCAAAUAUGAAAAAUAGUCGUUCAAUCUUAGAUGUUCAUCAUUUUCCUGACGAACAAUUUCAUACACCAACAUUAUUAAAAUUUCUUAAAGAAUGUGGCCUCCGUUCAUAUAUUUCAACUGACAAAUGUAAACAAAUAAUGGAAUCCAUUCAAGUGAGCGUUAAACAAGACGGUUGGACAAAUGAACUUCGCAAACGUUCGAAAUAUUUAUAUGAACAUUUGUUAGCAAAUUGGACACGUUAUGAUAAUUCAAUAUUAGAUUAUAAAUUUCUUGAGCCCUAUCAAAUGCAUUCAGACAAUGAUGAGCUAUUACAAUUACAUGAACAAUAUACAAAUUCAUCAGAACCGGAUCCAAAAGAUUUUUUUCGUUUUACAUGCAUCAAAAUAAGUGAUGGUGAAUUAUUAAAAUAUGCAAAAUUAUGUUGGACAUCAUCGUAUUUAUUACCGGAAUUUAUUCGUCUUGAUUAUUUUAAUGAUUCAAAUGAUCAACAAGAAUCUGUUGAUCAAAAUGCAUUAGAAUUUUUUAAAUUAAAUAAAAAACCAUCGUGUGCAUUAGUACAAAAGAACCUUGCAAAUUUAGCAAAACUAUUUUCAUUAAAAAAUGAAAAAUUCAAUGAUACUAAUACUUCACCAAAACAAAUAUCUCAACAUAUUAUUGAUGAUAUUUUAAUGCCAGUAUUAAAACCAAUCUAUAAUUAUUUUCUACAUGAAAUUAAAGUUGAACGUCGUACAGAAAUUUAUAAAGAAUUAGAAGACCGAGAAUUUAUAUAUUCUCGAACACGUCGUCAAUUUUUACAAGCGAAAUUUUUUUGUUUAAAUUUAUCUGUCACCGAUGAAAUUCCUCCAUUUAUUUUUUCAUUAGAUAAUGAUUUUUAUGAAUAUAAAGACUUGUUUCUACAGAUCGGUACAAAAUCUGAACCCCAUCCGAUGCUGUAUGGUGAUAUAUUACGAAAAUUAUCGAAAGUUUGCGAUCAAGAUUAUUUAAAUUCAAAUGAAUUAUGUAAAUCAUUAAAAGCUAUGGAAUGUUUCUUUAAAUAUUUGGCAACAAGUACGGCAGUUAAUUCACAAACGAAAUUACCUGGUCUUUAUCUUGUAUCGAAUGAUUUUAAAUUAGCUAAAUCGAAUGACAUCGUAAUUAUGGAUGAUAAAACAAAACUUGACUAUAUGACAAAAUUAGUUCAUGAUAAAUUUAUGUUUAAUCCAAAUGAGUGUGUACUUAAAUUAGAUCCAACACCUUCAUCGAAUUCAAAAGAAAAAGCAACACCAACAAAUGUAAAAGAUAUAAUUGAUAGAAUAUUUGUUAGUCAACGUCCAAUAUUAUUCAGUCAAAAAUAUGAAGAAUCAUUUUCGAUAACAAUUCCAGAAGAUGAAGAAUCUCAUCGACAACGUUUUCUAUUUAAUCUUGAAAGAAAAUAUAAUCAAUUAUUAUUAUCACGUCACUUGCAUCGUUGUAUGGCACGUGUUAUUGCUAAUCAUGUUGCACGACAACAAAAUCCAAAAAUCAUAUCCAUUGAUGAUGUUGAAAAUUUAAUUCGUCAGCGAUUAACAUUUGUUAAAGUAACAUGCGUUGAAUAUCUUGAAACAAAUUUAAUUUAUAAAAAGACUCAACAAAAAGUUGAUCAAUCCGUCGAUGAAAAAGCUGUCUAUUUAGUUGCUGAAGGCGAAGAAAAUAUUGUUUUAUAUAUUAGUAUGAAACAUACUGAACAACCUUAUUUUACAUUAUGUUUAGCACGCGCCUUAAGUCCAUGUUUAGGCUUAUCUGAAUUACAAUUAGAUAAUUCUGUUAUGGCUGCACUAUUAGCAACGACAAUCGGACAAAUGUCAAAACUUCUGAAUUUAGUUAAUGUUGCAACUGAAGAAAAUAUUUUAUCCAUACUUAAAUUACAAUAUAUACCAUCGCCGGGCAAUGUGUAUGGUGAUGAUGUUGAACAAUUACAACAAUUUAAUGUAGAUGUACAUCAAGUUUUACCAGGAGAUUUAUGUGUUUUUCGUAUGAAUGAUUUAUAUAUCUAUUGUGAAGUUGAAAAAAUAAUUAAAGAAAAUUCCAAUGAACAAAAUGAUAUUAAAGAUCAAUAUGCAUCGAAGAAUUCCGAUUCAUCAGUAUCACAUGUAUUUCUGUGUAAAAUAAAUGAUGCUAAUGAAACACAAAAAAUAGAAGCAUCAAAUUUUUAUGUACUUGAACAUUGGUCAAGAAUAUUCGACGCUGUACAUACGAAUCCAGUUGAUGAAAGUGCUGGAUUUAAAGCAUCAGCGACUGCACAGGGCAAAAAUGGUGAUAAAGAUAAAUUCAAUGAUGAAAAAUCUUAUUCCUCUUCCAAACGUUCAGAAAAAUCCGCCAAUGGUGAAGAUUUUACUAAUGAUUCGAAUUCGACCAAUGGUUUUAAUAAUUUUAAAACCUACGGCCAAACAUCUGCUGAUAGUGAUUCAUCAAGUAAUACGGCAUCUGAAUCGCAAUCAGAAUCUGAAUCAACACAAGCAAAUGAACAAGAUAAAAUUGAUAAAGCCGAACUUGAAUUAACUAAAACAGAAAUCUAUAAUGCUGUUCGUCAAGCAUACCAAUUAACUGGACAAGAACGUAAAAAAACUGUUAAAAAAUUAUUAUUAAAAUGGCAUCCAGAUAAAAAUCCCGGUCGUGAACGUUAUGCUGCUGAAGUUUUUAAACAUUUACGUAAACAAAUAGAUCAUUUCGAAAAUGAUCCAUUAACAUCGUUUUUUAAUACAUUUAAUAAUUUUCAUCAUUCACCGUUUUCUACAUCUGAUCCAAGAUUCAGUUGGAAUAAAACUUCAAAUGCGACUAAAACAGAUCAGCACCAUCAUAGUACAUCAUCGGCAACAGGUGAUGAUCGUUUUGGUAGUUUUGAUAAUUUAAAUAAAGAUUCAACUGAUGAUGCAAAACGUAGCUAUCAAGAUAUACCAAAAGAUAAUGCCGAUCCUAAUGAUGCAAACGCAAAUAAAAGUCGUUUCAGUCCACAUCGUUCGUCUUCAUUUCGUACAGCACGUGAAGAAUGGCAAUAUCGUCGUCAACAUGGAUUUCCAAGACGUCAUGGAUUUUUUAGUCCAACUGAAGAAAAUACAACGAAUAGUACAAAUACCACAAAUAAUGCAAGUCAUUCACAAACAUCAUCAACAACUGGUGGAAUCUCGGAUCCUAUUUUUGAAGAAAGUCCGAAUUCACGUCGCAAACGUAAUUAUCAACAAUCUGAAGCUGAUCGAUGGCUCAAACAGGCUCAACAUGAUUUAGAAAGUUCAUACAGUGAUAUGCACUCGUCGACUGGUCAGGUUGCAUAUGAUUGGGUUUGUUAUAAAUGUUAUCGAGCAGCUGAAAAAGCCCUAAAAGCUUAUCACUAUUACAAAGAUACGGGCAAAAAUAUGACAGCUGAUAUUCCAGGUUUAUUAAUUGGUGUCGACAAUGAUGUACGAGAAAUAGGUUACAAACUAUAUAAAUGGAUUGGCGAUCCAAAUCGUAUGCAAUAUCCUAAUGCAGCACGAUUCGCAAAAAUUCCAGCCGAAGUAUUUACUGUUUCUCAAGCGGAACAAGCCAUUGAUUAUACAAAAGAAUUACUGAAGAAAAUUGAAGAUAUUAUGUAUCCGUGA